CAGCUCUGCCUCCGCCUCGCCUCCCGCGCAGGCGCGCAGUGCCGCGGCGGGCGCGGGGGGGUGUGCGGCUGGGGCGCUCGCUCCUCUCCAGAGGCAGCGUCGGUGCGGGCAGCUCGGCUGUCGGCGGCAGCGAGUCGGGGAACGGGCCGUCCCCCGGGCCGCCCCCGGCAUGCGGCGCUGCUGGGGUCAGCACCUUGGCCGGGUCCGGCGCAUCCCCGGACUCAGCCUGCGGCGCCGCCCGCGGGGCCUGUAGGGGCGGCCGCGCCGCGCCUGGCCGGGGGCAGCGGCGGCAUGAGGAGCCGCUGCGGCCGCCAGCAGUGAAUGGGCGUAACGGCGGAGCGGGAGGAACUGGAGCCGCCGCCGGUGCUGCUGCUGCAGCCGCUGCCGCCGCCACAGCAAUGUCUCAAGAGAAAAUGGAGCUGGACCUGGAACUGCCGCCGGGGAGCGCCGCGGCGCCGAGCGACGGGGGCGGCCUGAGGAGAUCCAACAGCGCCCCCCUGAUCCACGGGCUCAGUGACAACUCCCAGGUUUUCCAGCCUUAUGUGUUGCGAACUCGCAGGAACAGCACAACAGUUAUGAGCCGUCACAGUAUGUUGUUGUCAUCGUCUCCUAUUCGUAUUCCGAGUAGCCGACUUCAUCAGAUCAGAAGGGAGGAAGGAGUGGACUUAAUGAACAGAGAAACAGCACAUGAAAGGGAAGUGCAAACAGCAAUGCAGAUAAGCCAGUCAUGGGAGGAAAGCUUGAGCCUGAGUGACAAUGACUUGGACAAGUCUGAGAAAUCUUCCUCCCCUAAGAGAAUAGACUUCAUUCCAGUUUCACCUGCACCUUCACCUACAAGAGGAAUAGGAAAGCAAUGUUUUUCACCAUCCUUGCAAAUGUUUGUGAGCAGCAAUGGAUUACCUCCAAGUCCUAUUCCCAGUCCAACGAGGCGGUUCUCCAACAGGAGGAGUCAAAGUCCAAUCAACUGCAUCAGGCCCAGUGUUCUUGGCCCCAUUAAAAGAAAAGGUGAAAUGGAAACUGAAAGUCAGCCAAAGAGACUUUUUCAAGGGACAACCAACAUGCUUUCCCCAGAUGUUACACAUCUGACAGAUCUCAGUUCAUGCCUGUCUUCAGAUAUCCUCGAUGGGAGUAGCAGCAGCGUUGGCUCUUCCUCCGACUCGCUGACUAAAGGCAGCAUAACCACAGAGUCUCCAGUAGCAUGCUCAAACUCAUGCUCUUCAUUCAUUUUGAUGGAUGAUCUCUCACCUAAGUGACUUAAGUUCUGAGUCUGUGGCUGGCUGUGCCGUUCCCUCCCUGUACGCUUGUACAGAGAACUGAACUCUGAUCCUUGAACCGUUAGCACCAGGAUUAGCAAAAGGAGAAGCUGUUCUAACUCUAAUCCUUGGUGACUUUCCAGUGAUUGAUUUAUCCAUUUAAUGGACAUUGUAGACCAUAUUAAUGUCUGGUUUUGCAAAUUGAUUUGAUUUAUUUUUUCUUUUCCCAACAAGAUGUCUGCUCAGAUGAUACUAACUUCUGUUUGCUUUCAGGAACUUGCAUACACUUUUUGAUUCCAAGAAUAGGUAUCUACCUAUUAGUGUUGCAGUUCUUAGGAAAAAGACUUCUAUUGUUAUCAUGGUCACUAUGUCUAGGGAAAUAAUUUGGUUCAGAAGGAUUUAAAAAUACUAAUUUAUUCUCUGGCACUUCUACCAUUGAGUAAAAAAAAAAUACUCCCCUUGAGGUUUUGUUUUGUUUUUCAGUCACCAGCCUCAAAUUCUCUUAUGGAAGGGAGGAAAAAAGACAACCCUUUUUUUUUUUCUUAGUGCUGCUAGUAAUUUUUAUUACAGAAGACCACAGUGGGUAUGGAAAUCUCCCUCUAUUACAUUAAAAACACCCCAACCAACCAAACCAAAAUAACUCAUGACUGGCACUUUUGCCAUCAGUGAAGAAACACCUAUACUCUAUGAACGUAAUUCACAUAGCUGUGUAGUUCUCUCCCCAGAUCCUUUACCCUACAGAUUGUAUAUGAAAUAAGGUCAAUGUUGAGUUAAAAUUUGACCAAGGGAAAUCAAUCCAAGACAUACAGUGCAGAUAACUUAAGUUAUUAAACUACUGUGUAGGAGAACCAUGUAUGGCACCAUCGAUGUCUCCUGUGGCAUUGAGGUCAUAGGUAUUUUUGUGCCUUAGGGGACAUUGUUACAAAAACUAUGGAAUGUAAACCAGAGGGGUGGGUGGGAAAAGGCCUUUUUUGGUUUUGGUGUACAGCCUGUUUUAUAGAGUGCUUAACCAGAGUCUGUUGUUGAUGCUGCUUCCACUUUAGUGUUCCUUUCCAAGGAGCGUGCUCUGUGCCAAGGCGCUGCGGGCAGGCCCGGCUCUGCUAUGAGACAGCAGGCAGAGGAACAGCCCUUUGCAGCUGCUGGGCACAGCGUUUGUACCUGUUUGCAGCAGGGCAAACAGGCAGAGCAAAUGUCAGAUGGAGGAAAGGCUUCAAAGUUUUAAGAUUUGGACACGAGCUCUGCAAGUGGUUUGGCUCAGGAGGUGUGUUUUGAGCUAGGAGGAGUCUCAGUACCUUGGUCAGACAAAAGAGAUACUUUACUUUUUAGAGACUUUAAGGGGGGGAGGAGGGAAGGGGGGCAAAAAUAAAUCAGUUUGUAAUCUACUGUGUUAUGCUAUUUAUUAUUUAUAACUGUAAAAAGUUCUGUGGUGAUGAAUGAAUAGUAUUUUUUUAUGAUUGAAUAAGGUGGGGUUUGGGUUUGUUUUUUUUAUGUUCAGUAAUUGCUGGCUGGUUUGUAUUUAAAUACUCAACCUUUGUCUGCCAGAAUCAAAAGCUUCCCUUUUUUUUUAGUUCCUUCUCUUUUUUUUCUUUCUUUUUUUUUGGGGGGAAUGUUUGUAACAUAAAAGCUUUUUGUUUUAGCUCCAAAGUUACAACUCCUGAUAUUUCUGGAAGAGAAAAAAAAACAGCACUGAAUUUAAAAAAGGAAGAUUUUUAACGUGCUUGAAUUCAAGUGAGCACAACCUCUGGCAAUACUCUCUGGCUAAAACAAAAAGGGAGGGGGGGGAGAGGUCUGUAGUUGUGGUUUGUGUUGUUGUUGUUGUUGUUUUUCCUGUUCUGAAGAAGCUGUGGAGUUUCCAGAAGAUGUGUACAUAGCAGAUUAUUUUUAAGAGUGUUUCCAUGAAAUUGUAAGAAGUACCAUGAUGGUCCAACAGUGGCACUACUAUUUGUAUUACCAUUUUUCACCUGUGGAGCUUUAGCUCUCCUUCCCUUCCCCCUCCCACCCCCCCAAAUAAAUGUGCAUAUUGUAAAA